UUUUGUUUUCUCCACCAGCUGAUCGUAUAUGAACUAUAAACAGAGAGUCAGCAUUGUAUUAGUUUUUUUCGAAAUCAGAAGUUUUAACAGUAACAUUGUAAUUUGUUAACUUACGAUACCCUGUAGUUACAUUUGUAUACUUUAUGCCAGAUCAGUUAGUUUUCGUGCGAAACUUUAUUCAACGAUAUACUUGAUAUACAAUGUUCGAGGAUCCUCAAAGUUCGGAUGAGGAGUCCCCAGUUCCUGAUGUCGAUUCCUGUGACGCGAUUGAAUUAAAGAAACUGUUUAAUCGCAAUAUCUCAAAAAGCUCGGAGAUAGGAGCUUCGUUAAAGCGUACAUGUGGUCUCUAUUUAUCACUUUCUAACGAUGGGCGGAAACUAGCGGUAGGCCUUUCGCAAAAAGAAAUCCAACUGUAUCAAGUUGCAUCUAAUGGCGAAUUGACACGAGAUCAAACAUAUACUGACAAACGCAGCAGUACUAUCCGGGGCGUUAAAUUUUUCCAUCAAGAUUGUAACUUACUAAUGAGCUGCACCGAAGAUGGCACUGUGAUGCUUCAUGACUUGCGGUCGAUGAAACCGGUAGCAACGUACCAUGAUUGUUCCGAAGGGCCAGCGAAAACAAGUACAUCCUUCGAUAUCAAUGAAAACGAUCGUGUUCUUUGUGUUUCCACUGAAGUGCAGAAAGAUGGUGAUAGUUAUUUGCUUUUCUACGAUAUUCGUGAGCGCGAGUAUAUGGGAAGUUAUUGGGAGUGCCACAGUGAGGACAUCACGAACGUUCAGUUUCACCCAACUAAUCCAGAUCUAAUGGCUAGUGGUAGUGUGGACGGGUUAAUCAAUGUAUUUGAUAUAUCUCAACCAAACGAGGACGAAGCGAUGCAGUACUGCUUCAAUGUGGACAAUUCUAUUGAAACGUUCAGCUGGCAUCUCAGUCCGAGCGAGAAAGACUGGAUUUCUUGCGUAACGACUACGAAUGAUUUCCACUUGUACGACAUAGCCAGCCAAGAUCAGGAGGUACAGUUCAGCCGGGAAAACAUCACUGCAUCUAUCAGAAGAACGUCGUCAAUAGACUGCAACGUGAUUGGAGCACAUAACGAUAGUACAGGAUUUUUCCUAUUAGCGGGUUCGAACUACAAUAACGGCGAAUGCCUGCGUUCACUCAGAUACGAGAAUAAGCGCUUCACACCGCAUAUAAACUUUAUGCACAACAAACAGAUUGUGCGGGCGAGUGUCUACAAUGACAAGGAACAGUGUCUGAUUACUACCGGCGAGGGUGGACUGAUAACGGUUUGGCACUGUGGGGAAGUGAAUGAAUCCGACGGUGUGAUCGAGUUCGAUAGCGGUGUCAGUAAAAGUUUGAAGCAAAACUUGCAUAUUCACCAUCGAAAGAAGCCCUAUUGAGUUGUUCCUGUUCAAUUAUAGUAAAACUGAAAAAAUGUCAAGUCCAACGUAGGUGUGACUAAUUGAUUAGGUACUGUCGACAAAUUCUAAUGUGUAGCGAGCGUCGAAAGUUAAACAAUGCUCACAUUUAUAUCUUGGCGUGCCAUGCGUA